ACAGGAGAGGCGAUGGCAAUUCAGCAAAGGCACAGCACCUCCUCAGGAGAUAACUAUACACCUCUAUCCUUGAAAACCACCAGAAAGAACGAGGACAGGCCGUGGAAACUCCGAUUAAUCUAUCUGCAGUGCUAUCUCAUUUCAAUUGCCUGUAUCUUGGGAACGGGAAUAUUAGGCUUACCUGGCACAGUUGCCCAUGCUGGACUACAGCCAUUUUUGGUUUCCUUCAUAACAGGCUUCUUUAUGCAGGUGCUAUUGAUUUAUCUUUUUGUUGAUUUGCUGCAACGAUGCCGUUUGGUCCAGGUUGAGGCUGCAAAGCAUUCACUGGUAGAAAGAAUUAUAAUGCAAGAUGUCGGUGGUCAAGAUUACCUUCCAAAUUCCAUUGAAGAGGAGGAAGAAACUGAGGAUGCAGGUCAUGUGUUGUUGCACCAGAAUAAUGGGAUUGACCAUUCCGAGGAGGAGCAAAUGCCAAACUUGCACAUAUUGGGUGCCCUUUUCCUGAGCAAGUGUAUGAGUUAUGUUUUCGACCUUCUCCUAAUCCUACAAUUUAUUUCAAUUGGGAUCAGUUAUGUUUUGGCUGGGAGUGAAGCUUUUGCUGAGCUUUUGCAAAUCAGGCAUGUCUAUGUCAUUCCGUUCUUCACGUGGAUCUUGUCUUUUGGAAUUAUUAUGGCUCAGGUUAUUAUACAGCCAAUCACAUCCAUUUUGACCCUGGCAAAGGGAACUCUGUUAAUCAUCACAGUAAUUGUGACCUUUGUUGUUGGCUCUGAGAUCCAUCAAGAAAUAUUCAAUGAUUUCUCCAGCAUUGGAACACCCUUCCUGAUGGGUACUGUUGCACUUGGAGGUAUUGUAAAUGUGAUGCCAAUGUUAUUCUCUGAGAUUUCACAAAACAGGUCACAGAUAAUGUGGUUCCGCCGAGCUGUUACUGGAGGACUCACUACUUGUACAAUACUGAACAUUCUGUGGUGUUGGGCGGUACUGGACAUUGUUCCCCAGACAUCUAUGCGGAAAGUUCUAUUUGAUGGAGAUUUGAACACCACUAUGUUUACUGCACAUCAGAUGGUCCCUGGCUACAUAAUGACCUACUCUAAUAUAUCUUUGGAAGCUUCUGAAAAAGCGGGGGAAAUAGCCACAGUUCCAUUGACAAAAAUUAUAAUGGAACAGUACAAAAGGUUUGCCUGGGUGGCCUGGUUUACAGAGAUUUUUAUCACUGUCAGCAUUACGGUUUCUUUUCUAGUGCUUGGAUCUGCAAUGAAGCAUACAUUGGAGGGUUGGGUAGAUUCCUUCUGGAGCAAGAAAUGUGAAACAGCUGCUGAACGUUGUGAAAAGUCUUAUUUUCAAUUAAUUAAGAUCGGCGGUGCAAAAAGUUUGACUCGAGGAUUAAUUUGCCUGCUGGGAUUCGGUAUUAUUUUUAUGGUGGCCAUGUCUAAUCCAAAGGGAUUCGUUAUUGUGCUUGAUAAAGUCACCUCAUUUGCUUUAAAUCUUGAAGCUGGCCUCUUCAUUUUCCUGAUGCUGAGAAAUUCUCGAUCAGAGCCAUAUAAGCUUAUUACUGUGCCUUUACCUAUGAGUUCAAGGAUGUUUUUGUUGCACUGGCUUCUCCCAGUUUAUUUCCUAUUUGCUGUGGGAUAUGACAUCUAUCAAACUUUAGCAUAUGGUUGGCAUCAUUCAUAUUCAUUGCCAGAAAACCUUAAAGAUUUGCCUUUUGAGGUUAACACACUGAAUAUUCAAAUCAAGCAGCAUUCUGUUAAGCGGCUACUAUUUUCAAAAUAUUGA